GCCUGCUUGGCCGUGACUGGCUGUCACGGGCGCCCACGCCUAAUCCGUCUUUCUCUUUCCGCAGAGAUGGUUCGCUUCAAGUCCUGGAUGCUGCAGCACCAGAAGGCGUACAGCACGGCCGAGUACCAGCACCGGCUGCAGACCUUCGCCAACAACCGGAGGAAGAUCGAGGCCCACAAUGCCAAGAACCGCACGUUUAAAAUGGGAAUAAACCCGUUCUCAGACAUGACCUUCGCGGAAUUCAAGCACAAGUACCUGUGGUCAGAGCCUCAGAACUGCUCGGCCACCAAGAGCAACUACCUCCGGGGCCGCGGCCCCUACCCCGUCUCCGUGGACUGGAGGAAGAAAGGCCACUUCGUCUCCAACCCUGUGCCCCCCACCCUUUGCCCUCAACAGGACGGCAAAUGCAAGUUCCAGCCCGAGAAGGCCAUCGCGUUCGUCAAGGACGUGGCCAACAUCACCCUGAAUGACGAGGAGGCCAUGGUGGAGGCGGUGGCCCUGUACAACCCCGUGAGCUUUGCCUUCGAGGUGACCGGCGACUUCAUGCAGUACCGCAAGGGCAUCUACUCCAGCACUUCCUGCCACAAAACCCCGGACAAGGUGAACCACGCGGUGCUGGCCGUGGGGUACGGAGAGGAGAACGGGACGCCCUACUGGAUCGUCAAGAACUCCUGGGGUCCCCAGUGGGGGAUGAACGGGUACUUCCUCAUCGAGCGCGGGAAGAACAUGUGCGGGCUGGCCGCCUGCGCCUCCUACCCCAUCCCGCAGGUGUGAGCGGCCGCAGCGGGGACGCUGCCCAGAUGGGGACACCGGGGACGCCGGGCACUGGGCUGCUGGAGGCUGUCCUGCCCCCAGGACAUGGGGGAGCCCCCAGGCCUCGCUCUGCUGCGUCCUCACCCCGAGGGAGGAGGAGGAGGAAGAGGAGGGGGAGGAGGGGGAGGAAGAGGGGGAGUUCCAGCCACCAGCCCACCACCUCCAACCAAAGCCACCACCAGCCGUGCCUUAGGCCUGGAUUUAGGGCUCCAGGGAUAUAAUUCUCGAUUCUAUUCUUUAUUUCCGAGGCCGCGUGCGCCCCGCGGGGAGCACCGGGCCCUCCUGUGGCCUUUACCCA